ACUUGAUCAAAGUAAUUCCAACAAAGUAAAUAUUUAAGUCACACCAGUGGCCUGGCAGGAGACAUUUAUUGACAUAUGAUCGAGAUGGAAGUUUAUUUACAUUCACUUCUGAAACAAUAGCAGUCAGAUCCAUUAGAACUUAGAACCCUGAGUACCCAGCAUUAAUAUAUGGAUCAUCCUCAUUUAGAUUUGUUAAAUAAAUAGCAUGAUAUCCAGGUAUAAAGUAAAAAAUAAGACCAAUUGCUCUGACAUCAACUGUACCACAUGAACUGACAUUACUUGGAUCACAAGAACUGACAUCAGUUUUGUAUCACAAGAUCUGACAUCAGUUGUAUCACAUGAACGGACAUCAGUUGUAUCACAAGAUAUGACAUCAGUUGAAUCACAAGAUCUGACAUCAGUUGUAUCACAUGAACUGACAUCAGUUGUAUCACAAGAUCUGACAUCAGUUGUAUCACAUGAACUGACAUCAGUUGUAUCACAUGAACUGACAUCAGUUGUAUUCCAAGAUCUGACAUUAGUUGUAUCACAUAUAAGCUAACAUCACAACACUGGAUUAUAGAUAUCACAUCGAUUUCUAGGCUGAGAUCACAUUAUCACUGAAACUGGACUGACAUCCAACAUGGAGAAUGUUGAGAUUUUUUAUUGUAACGAGACAGAAUUCAUGGUCUCUAUUACGGUCAACAUGACAGAUGCAACAUUUAUUAACAGCUUGAGACAAAUAACGGAACAAAGCUUGGAUAUCCUCUGUAUCUACGCCACUAUUUUGUUUAUCAUUUCACUAAUCGGGAAUACCACGUUUAUUGUGACUGUAUGGAGAUCUUAUCAGCUCCACAACACUGCGUAUUAUUACGUAUCAAGUUUGGCAAUGGUUGAUAUUUUGGUGGCAAUGGUAUAUAUGAUCCAGUGUUUAUCUCAGAGGUUUAUGACACUGGCUGAAUUUCUUGAAACGUUAACAUGCAAAAUGCUUGGUAUUUUUUCAACCUAUCUGGUAGUUAUUGAAUUCUCAACAAUAGGUUUAGUUACGCUUGAGCGAUAUUUUAUGAUCUGCUAUCCUUACACGCAUCAGGAAAAACUCAUGUUACGAUUCCCAGGAUUUUUCAUUGCAGGAUUGUGGAGUCUUGGAUUUAUCAUUUAUAUAUCUCCUGUUUUUGUCAAUCCAGGAUUUGUAUACAAUGGAUGCAUUCAACGAUGUUUACCCUAUUGGAUCCCAGGUAGCAUCUCAUUGUUGGAGAUUGUACCUUUAGGUAUAUUUAUGCAUAUUCUUCUGCUCUGCUAUAUCAGGAUUGGAAUAGCCGUGUAUAGAGCAAAUAAACACAUAAAAGCUACCAUGGUAACCCCUCAACCAUUGAGUCCCUCACAGGAAACACAAAUUGAUGAACCUCAAACUGAUGGCUACAACAUGAACACAAUUGAUGGAAACAGCGCUAAAAUCACAAACAACGCUGACAAAGGGCCACAAUCUCAGGCCAAACAAGACAAUAAGAAAAUCAGGAAAUCUGGAAGCAAGGGUAUCAAAGUCAUUGUACUGAUCACAGUUAUCUACUUCAUCUUGUGGUUUGUGCCAAUAUUUUCUGUUGUUGUAGCAAGGAAUUUUGCAUUAGCUAUAUUCGGGGAUGCUUUUUAUUUUUUAUCCACUGCAACUGUUCUGCCCAUAUAUGGUAUAUUUGAUACAAGAUUCAAAAUGUGUUUGAGGAAGACUUUUGGAUGUAACAAGGGCCAUAUUUCAACCCCUUAACUUAUUGACUACCCAGAGGGCAUGGUUUCUCAUCACCUAAGAAAUGACCUUGAAAUCUAGAGUGAUGAGAUAAUCUGUCACAAAAUUUUAAUUAUAAUAAAUUAAUCGCUCUGAUUUGAACUAUUUUUAUCAAAUUUACAAAAAAUGUUUUAAAAUGUGUAGAAAUGAUCGAUCUCUGCCAACUAAUUUCACAAAAUUGAGCAUCAUCUUUUGUAUAUGCAUGUAAAAUGUCAAAAGCUGGCAAAAAUGAAAAAUUCUCUGGUUUCAAACCAGUUUUAGAGCCUGGGGUUCAAGAGGUUAAGUUGGGUCUUGUAAUAUGACAUUUGGAUCUGUAUAAAGCAACAGUAAUACAUUCUACCUGCAUCUUGAUAGACCAUGUUACACCUUUAAGUGAGCCUCUAUAUAUCUAUUUAAAGUGUCUGUAAGAGAAACUUUAAUUGAUUGUCUUAAACAUCUCUCUGAUGCCCCAUACAAUCAGCUCUG